AUGUCGAGUGAUGAAGAACUGGCUCUGACAGAGGUGACUGAAUUCCAGAAGAGCAAAGAUAACGUUCUAGAAGAGAGUAAGACAAUCUUUGAAGAUGUCCAUGCAGAUGUUUGUGACAUCAGAAAAAUCCUGUUGAAAUUCCAGGAGUGGAAAGAGAAGUUUCCCGGCUCUUACUGCGAUGCUUAUAUCGCUUUUUGCCUGCCUAAGCUUUUAAAUGCAUUAGUCAGAGUUCAGUUAAUAAAUUGGAGUCCCCUUGAGCAGAAUUCUACAGACCUGAAAGAGAUGCCCUGGUUCAGAGCUGUAGAAGGAUUCAGCGAUGCCAAAAAGUCGUCUGAAUCAAAAAGAGAUGAUGAUCCUGAUGAAGAAGUUUUGCCUAGAGUGACUGAAAGAACUAUCCUGCCAAAAAUUACAGCAUUUGCCAAGAAUGUGUGGGAUCCUUUAUCGACUUCACAGACUGAGAACCUUACACAGCUUUGUGAUAACGUGUUUGAAAACCAAGUCCUGUCCAGAAGGGAAUGCAGCCAGGCAAAACAGGAUUUGAUUAACACAGUUGUCCUGAGGAUGAAGCAGUCUGUAGAGGAGGAUGUCUUUAUCCCCCUGUAUCCGAAAAGCACUGUGGAAGACAAAUCAUCGCCAUGUUCAAAAUUCCAAGGCAGACGGUUUUGGUCAGCUGUUGAGCUGCUCUCCAAGGUUCUCCUUUGGGAUGGGACUGUACAGGAAGACACAGUCCGUGGUGUGGGACUGAGCAAGCUGCUGAAUCGUUACCUUCUUCUGAACCUCUUCAACACACCACCAGGGCCAGAAAACAUAGAGAAGUGUAAAGAGGUGGUUGCAUGCUUCCCAGAAAGAUGGUUCCAAAAUCUUGGAAGUGGGUCAACUCUC